AUGACUCAGCGCACUUACGGCGCGACAUCACGCACCUGUGUGCAUACCUUAAUCGAUGUCGCAUCGGUCCUUUUCACCAUCGGACGCCUAAAAAUUCUAUUCGUGCCCCUUUACUUAUUUGUUCUAGCCUUCUUCCUGCCUACGAAUAUCACUUUGAUUCAUGGGAGGGAGGCCGAUCACUUUUUCGAGGAAGGUACGGUACCGCAGGUGGACAUACAGCUCCAGCCACCCAAGAGGUGGAAGGCAAGUUCAGCAAGUCUGGGAUUCAUCAGGCAGUCGCUGAGGAAUUACAUUGCUAAGGAAAUCGCUGCGCAGAGACCCCGUCUGUUGAGUAGACACGGGAACAAGACAAAUAGGGCACAAUCUUUAAUAGUAGACGGUCAAAUAGUCAAACAGUGA